GGUUCGGGUCUUCUUGACGUCACUGAGUCGCCCUUUGAUAUAUCCAAUCAACAAGAAGGAAAUUUGAGUACUUUUUUUUUCCCACCCCCCCUCCCGCCCGGAAGGGGCGGGAUUCAGUGGCCAAAGCAGCCAAUGAGUGGGCGGAAGAUAAGGCUCCUUCUUGUGGGAGUGGCGGCGGGAACUCUUGCUUUUACCGGAUGCGAGAAGCAUUUGUCGUCCAUGGAGCUAGUUGAGAGCACCAGUACAGAACCUGCCAAGGCCAUCAAAGCUAUUGAUGGGAAGUCGGUCCAUCAGAUUUGUUCUGGGCAAGUGGUACUCAGUCUCAGCACUGCUGUGAAGGAGUUGGUAGAAAAUAGCGUGGAUGCUGGUGCCACUAAUAUUGAUCUAAGGCUUAAAGACUAUGGGGUGGAUCUCAUCGAAGUUUCAGACAAUGGAUGUGGGGUAGAAGAAGAAAACUUUGAAGGCUUGGCUUUGAAACAUCACACUUCUAAGAUUCAAGAGUUUGCUGACCUCACUCAGGUUGAAACUUUUGGCUUUCGGGGGGAAGCUCUGAGCUCACUCUGUGCACUGAGUGAUGUAACAAUUUCUACAUGUCACACAUCUGCAAAAGUUGGAACUCGACUUGUUUUUGAUCACAAUGGGAAAAUUGUCCAGAAAACCCCCUGUCCACGACCCAAAGGGACAACAGUCAGUGUUCAGCAGUUAUUUUAUACACUACCUGUGCGUCACAAGGAAUUUCAAAGGAAUAUUAAAAAGGAGUAUGCCAAAAUGGUCCAGGUCUUACAUGCGUACUGUAUCAUUUCAGCAGGCGUCCGUGUAAGUUGUACCAAUCAGCUCGGACAAGGAAAGCGGCAGCCUGUGGUGUGCACAAGUGGCAGCACCAGCCUGAAGGACAAUAUUGGCUCUGUGUUUGGGCAGAAGCAGUUGCAAAACCUUAUUCCUUUCGUUCAGCUGCCCCCUAGUGACUCUGUCUGUGAAGAGUUUGGCCUGAGCUGUUCGGAUGCACUGCGUAGUCUGUUUCAUAUUUCAGGGUUCAUCUCACCCGGUACCCAUGGUGUUGGGAGAAGUGCAACAGAUAGACAGUUUUUCUUCAUCAACCGGCGCCCUUGUGACCCUGCAAAGGUCUCCAGACUUGUGAAUGAGGUCUACCACAUGUAUAAUCGACAUCAAUAUCCUUUUGUUGUUCUUAACAUUUCUGUUGAUUCAGAAUGUGUUGAUAUCAAUGUUACUCCAGAUAAAAGGCAAAUUUUACUACAAGAAGAGAAGCUUUUGUUGGCUAUUUUAAAAACCUCUUUGAUAGGAAUGUUUGAUCGUGAUGUAAACAAACUUACUGUCAGUCAGCAGCCACUGCUGGAUAUUGAAGGUAACUUAAUAAAGAUGCGUGCAGCAGAAAUGGAAAAGCCUCUGCUGGAAAAGCAGGCCAGUUCCCCUUCACUAAGGAUUCAAGGGGAAGAAAAAAGGGUCCUGUCUGUUUCCAGGCUCCGAGAAGCCUUUUCUCUUCGACACAACACAGAGAUCAAAUCUCAGGGCCUGGAUUCUGCAGAUCCAAAAUGGAAUUCUCCAAAACAGAAAGGAGGUGCACCAUCUUUUGGCACCUCAGAUCCCACCUCUGGCUGGGCUGUGCAGGGCCCUCAGGAAGAGGUGACAAGUCCCAAGAAGGGCCCCAGGGACUCUGUGGACCCCGCAGAAACAGAGAAGGACUCGGGGCAUAGCAGCACCCCAGCUGGCUCUGAGGAAGGGUUUGGCACCCCAGAAACCAAAAGUCACUGUAGCAGUGACCAAACAGUGAGCCCCCCAAAAGACAGAUUUCCAUGGGACAGUGUGGACUCUUGUGAGCAGCUACUCACAACCGACCACCAUCCUCCUGACAUGAAAUGUCAUUUAGACCAAGAAGAUGUCCGAUAUAAAUUCAAAGGUUUGACUGAUCUCUCAUCCCCAAACACCAAGCGUUUUAAAAAGGAAGAAAUUCCUUCAGCUGCUGAUGUUCCUCAAAAGUUGCUUAAUACUCAGAAUGUGUCAGUGACUCAGGUUGAUGUAGCUAUUAAAAUUAGUAAGAAAAUAGUGCCUCUUACCUUUUCUAUGAGUUCUUUAGCUAAACGAGUAAAUCAGUUACAUCACCAGAAACAGCAGAAUGAAGGUGAACAGAAUUAUAGGAAAUUUAGAGCAAAGAUUUGCCCUGGAGAAAACCAAGCAGCAGAAGAUGAACUAAGGAAAGAGAUCAGUAAAACAAUGUUUGCAGAAAUGGAGAUCCUUGGUCAGUUUAAUUUGGGGUUCAUAGUAACUAAGCUGAAGGAGGACAUCUUCCUGGUGGACCAGCACGCCGCAGAUGAAAAAUACAACUUUGAGAUGCUGCAGCAGCACACUGUGCUCCAGGCACAGAGGCUCAUCUCACCUCAGACUCUCAAUUUAACUGCUGUCAAUGAAGCGAUCCUGAUAGAAAAUUUGGAAAUAUUCAGAAAGAAUGGCUUUGAUUUUGUCAUUGACGAAAGUGCUCCAGUCACCAAAAGGGCUAAAUUGAUUUCCUUACCAACUAGUAAAAACUGGACUUUCGGACCCCAAGAUAUAGAUGAACUGAUCUUCAUGCUAAGCGACAGCCCUGGGGUCAUGUGCCGGCCCUCCCGAGUCAGACAGAUGUUUGCCUCCAGAGCCUGCCGGAAGUCUGUGAUGAUUGGAACUGCUCUUAACACAAGCGAGAUGAAGAAGCUUAUUGUCCACAUGGGCGAGAUGGACCACCCCUGGAACUGUCCCCACGGAAGGCCAACUAUGAGGCACAUCGCCAAUCUCGAAGUCAUCUCUCAGAACUGACAUAUUGCACUUCGUAAAAUUAGAAAUUUUAUUACAGACUUUUCUGUUUGGAAAGACAGGGUCCGAAGUAACAUUUUAUUUUAUUUUUUUGUUUCAAAAUUAACCUGCUACUUAAAAAAGUGUACCAUGUAGGGACUGGGGAUUUAGCUCAGCAGCAUAAGCGCCUGCCUUGCAAGCAGGUAGUUGUGGGUUCGAUCCCAGGAUAUCGAUAAAAAGGAAAAAAGACAGAAAAAAAAAAAAUGUACCAUGUGGAUUUAAAAAUGAUCUUAUGCUAGAUGCAGUGGCUUGUGCCUGUUUGGAGGCUGAGGCCAAGAGUUCCAGAGCAGCUGGGGCAACAGAGUGAGCCCCUGUCUCAAAAAAAGAAAAAACCUUGGAGAAUUUUUUCAAACCAUGUGAAGCACUGCUGGAACAAUUCUUGUUCUAUAAUAUGUGUGUGUGUGAGCGUGUGCGCAUGAGUGUGUGUUUACAGGCAAGAAUACAUUUUUAAAAUACAAAAGUACUUUGGAAGUUAACCCAGACCUGCACUCUGGCUGAAAGUAUUUUAUUCUACAACUUUUAGUUCUCAGUGAUAAAUUCAUAUUGAUUUAACUUUAUAAGUUUAAAAUGAUGGUCCUUUUGGGUUAGUGUUACUAACCCUGAUGCAUAUUAAAUUUUAGAAAGGAAUAAUUUAAAAAAAUUCUAAGGCGUGUCUUGGCUGGCUGGAAGGAAGUGAGUGGGCGGGCCUGCAGUCACUAUUGUUAAUGUUCCCCAGCACAGCCAGCUUCGAAAUGCUAUUCUAGUCAGGAAAGAAGAGUUUGGCUUUUCUGUAACUUCAUGCUGUAAUUUGGUUUCCUCGAGGUGUGAACUGUGGGAAUCUGGUCUCAUUUGAACUGUGGCAAAAAUGGAAGUAAAAAAUGCCCUUGGUGGAGUCUAGAUGGUGGUUGGGUCCAGGGAUGACAAGUGCAGGCACCCCCACUGCCACCCCGUGCCCUGUGGGGGGAGCAAGGGCUUCCCAAGGGUAGAAUUCCUCAGCUGUCAGGAGGUAGUAAAGGGACAGCUGUUUUCAUUCAUGGCAUCAAGCUCUGUGCUGGUGUGUGGCAUCUACAGGAUCUCAGUUAAUAGUCACAGCUCUGCAAACUGGGAAUGGGGAUAUAAUAAUGGCCCCCCAAUGAUGGCUGUGUCCUAAUCCCAAGAACCUGUAUGUCACUUUAUAUGGCAAAAGGGAUUCUACAGAUGUGAUAUUAAGUUAUGGACAUUAGGGUGGAGAGAUUGUCCUCUACUGUCUGAUGGGCCCACUCUUGUCACAUAAGUUCAUCGAAGUGGAAGACUGUUCCCAGCUGGCCCGCGAGAUGCACCAGUGCUGAUUUAGAAGGGCACCACCAGCCAAGCGACGCUGGGAGCCUCUGAAGCUGGAAGGCAAGAAGACAGGUCUUCUGGAGCCUCUAGAAGGAACCAGCCCUGUUAGAACUGUAAGAUAAUAAACGUGUGUUCCAUCAA